AUGGCUGUUGACAAAAUCAAAGUCUCGGGAGACCCUCGGGUUGAGCAUCGCUCAGCUUUUGUGAAUGGGAAGACAUACGGCUACCUAUACAGCCAGCCGGAGUUAGGAAAAUACAAAGGCACUGUAGUCUUGCUCCAUGGCUUCCCCGACAUCUCGAUGGGUUGGCGAUACCAGAUACCUUUGUUCACCAACAGAGGCUACCAAGUCAUUGCUCCGGAUUGCCUUGGAUAUGGAAGAACGGAUGCCCCUGCUGAUCUCGCUGCGUAUUCGCACAAGAACUUGGCCAACGACGUCAAAGAACUAGCUGCCCAACUGGGUGCAUCCAAGAUUAUCCUGGGUGGUCAUGACUGGGGCGCAUACCUCGCCUACCGCGUUGCCCUCUGGCACCCAGAGCUCGUACAGUAUCUCUUCACUGUCUGCGUUCCCUACAGCCCACCAUACAAGAAAUGGGUCUCGCUCGAGGAAAUGAUAGAAAAAAUCACGCCGCAUUUUGCGUACCAGCUGCAUUUCGCCAGUGGAGACAUUGAAAAGGAGGUGCAUACUAAGGAUGACCAUAAGCAGUUUCUUACUGCACUGUAUGGUGGAAGGACGGAGAAGAAAGAGUUUGCGUUCGAUGUGAGUAAGGGCGUGGACAUGGAGAAGUUGAGACAUUUACGCCGGUCGAGGCUGUUGAGUGAGGAGGAACUUGAAUACUAUGCCUGGGAAUUCGCCCGACAUGGUCUUCGUGGACCCCUGAACUGGUACCGAACCCGCAAAAUAAACCACGAGGACGAACUCUCUCUCGAAAAGAAAACCAUCGAUGUUCCGUUCCUCUUCAUCCAAGCUCUCAGGGAUGCCGCUCUCCCAACAAGCCUGGGCAAGACAGUGGGUAAAAACUUGCCGAAUCUGACCACGAAGCAGGUUGACACUUCGCACUGGGCCCUCUGGGAGAAGCCGCAGGAUGUUAAUGCGAUUUUGGACAACUGGCUGGAUGAGGUUGUUGAGGGUGGGGACAGGAAAGCAAAACUGUGA